AUGGCUCCCAAGAACAAGAAGGCUAACGCAGCCACUGAUGGCGAGGAGGCGCUCCCUAGCGGCAAGAUCUACUCCGUGUCCGGACCUGUCGUUAUCGCCGAGGACAUGAUUGGCGUGGCCAUGUACGAGCUUGUCAAGGUCGGCCACGAUAACCUAGUUGGUGAGGUCAUUAGAAUCAGCAAUGACCAGGCCACCAUUCAAGUCUAUGAGGAGACUGCUGGUGUCACCGUCGGCGACCCUGUUGCCCGCACUGGCAAGCCUCUUUCCGUCGAGCUCGGCCCCGGUCUUCUCAACAGUAUCUACGAUGGUAUUCAGCGCCCGCUGGCUUCCAUUUCCGACUUGGCCAAGUCUAUCUACAUCCCCCGCGGCAUCGCUGUCCCCGCCCUCGACCGCACCAAGAAGUGGGAGUUCACCCCUACCAUGAAGGUUGGCGACCACAUUUCGGGCGGCGAUGUCUGGGGCACCGUCUUUGAGAACUCGUUCAUCCACACUCACCGCAUUGUGUUCCCGCCUCGCGCACGUGGUGUGAUCACAAAGAUCGCCUCCAAGGGUGAACACACCGUCGCCGAGAACAUCCUUGAGGUCGAGUUCGACGGUACCAAGACUGAGUACCCAAUGAUGCAAUCUUGGCCCGUCCGUGUCCCUCGCCCUUCGACAGAGAAGCUCUCUGCCGACCAGCCUUUCAUUGUCGGCCAACGUGUGCUCGACGCCCUCUUUCCCAGUGUGCAGGGUGGUACUGUGGCCAUCCCCGGCGCUUUCGGCUGUGGCAAGACUGUCAUUUCGCAAUCCGUUUCCAAGUUCUCCAACUCAGACGUCAUUGUCUAUGUCGGCUGUGGAGAGCGUGGUAAUGAAAUGGCCGAAGUCUUGAAGGAUUUCCCUGAGCUGACAAUUGAGGUCGACGGCCGCCAGGAGCCCAUCAUGAAGCGCACAACCUUGAUCGCCAACACGUCCAACAUGCCCGUCGCUGCUCGUGAAGCCUCCAUCUAUACGGGUAUUACUGUAGCCGAAUAUUUCCGCGACCAGGGCCUCAACGUCGCCAUGAUGGCUGAUUCCACUUCGCGUUGGGCCGAGGCCUUGCGUGAAAUCUCUGGUCGUCUGGGAGAGAUGCCUGCUGAUCAGGGUUUCCCCGCCUACCUGUCUGCCAAAUUGGCUUCUUUCUACGAGCGUGCUGGCCGCGUUCAAUCGCUUGGGUCUCCUGAGCGACAGGGCAGUGUCAGCAUUGUGGGUGCUGUCAGUCCCCCCGGUGGUGAUUUCUCCGAUCCCGUCACGAGUUCCACGCUGGGUAUCGUGCAGGUCUUCUGGGGUCUCGACAAGAAGCUCGCGCAGCGCAAACACUUCCCUUCGAUCAACACCAGCAUGUCGUAUUCCAAGUACACCAACACACUCGACAAGUUCUACGAGAAGGAGUAUCCUGACUUCCCGCGUCUCCGUGACCGCGUGAAGAAUCUUCUAUCGGACUCGGAGGAGCUUGACCAGGUCGUCCAGCUAGUCGGAAAGAGUGCGCUGUCAGAUACUGACAAGAUCACAUUGGACAUUGCCGGUCUGGUCAAGGAAGAUUUCCUGCAGCAGAACGGUUACUCGGAUUACGACCAGUUCUGCCCCAUCUGGAAGACGGAGUGGAUGAUGAAAUUGAUGAUGGGCUUCCACGACGAGGCGCAGAAGGCCAUUUCGCAGGGUCAGCACUGGAACAAGGUUCGCGACUCGACGAGCGAAUUGCAGUCCAAGCUCCGCAGUCUCAAGUUCGAGGUUCCCUCGGAUGGCCAGGAUGUUAUCAACAAGAAGUACGAGGAGAUUCAGCAAGAAAUGACAGACAAGUUCGCAGCGGUCAUGGACGAGUAG